AUGCCGACUCCUCGACAGAGUGGAAUCACGAAGAAAGAAGCUCUAGCCAUCAUCCAACGAUGCAAAGCUAGAGUCGCUGCGAGCUCCCGACGAGCACAAGGAACUCGUUUCACCGAGUUUCAAUAUUCAGUGCUCCAAGCUCGCUUCGCCGUCAAGCCGGCGCCAAAGGCUCGAGAGCAGAGUGCCCUGAGCCAGGCCAUCGGGAUGACUCCGAAACAAGUAGAAGACUGGUUCAAGCAUACCAGCAAGAAGGCCAGCAAGUUCAAGAAGACCAAAGACAAGGCAGUUUUGAAGAUCCUCAAGGAUGCUAAGAAGGAGAUUGGGAGAUUCCCCAACACUCACUUAUCGCUCAAGAACCGUGCCGUCUUGUGUGCUUGGUUCGAGAUCCACAAUAAGAUCAGUGCCCCGGAGCAAGUGGAGCUGGCGAAAGAGCUGGGCAUCAGAUCCUUGUCGAUACAGUACUGGUUCAAUUCGAGAAGGAAGAAGAUCAGAAAUGGGAGAGGUGUGGAGGAAGCCGUUUAUGAUGAUGAUGACCCAGAGGAGGAUGAGGAUCCCCAAGAUCAAGAAAAUCAGGCUGAUCUGGAGGAUCAAGAAGAUCAAGACCAAGAUGAGCAAGUCCAGGCUGACUUGGAAGAGCCAGAAGACCAAGAUUCCACAGAUUCCAAAGCCGACCAUGACGACGAGGGACGCCAGGAGGAGAAUCUGGAAGAGAUACCAGAAGAUCAAGAAGAGCAGGAUCCAAUGGAGGAUGCUGAGGACGAGCUGGAAGAUCCAGAAGAUCAAGAAGAGCAGGAUCCAAUGGAGGAUACUGAGGACGAGCUGGAAGAUCCAGAAGACCAAGAAGAGAAGGAUCCAAUGGAGGAAGAAGAUCCCGCUGAUUUGGAAGAACCAGAUGCUCAAAAUCCCAUGGAUUCAGAAGACGAUGAAUCUCGUCAGGCUGAGAAUCUUCACGAGCUACCAGAGCAUCAAGAAGACCAAGAGCCAAUGGAAGAGCUUGCUGAUUCAAAUGGCCAGGAACUGGACUUUCAGAGUCUUGUUGAGAAUGGAGGAGCUGAGGAUCAGAAGCAGAAUCUCCCAGAGAACCAGGAUGUCGUCAACAGAGAGAUGCUACAGAAUCCAGAAGAUCUAGAGGAGCCAGAUGCUGUUGAGGAUGCUUCAGAAGACCCAGAAGACCCAGAGGAGCCAGUUGUCGAUGCGGAUGCUCCAGAGGGUCCGGCUCCAGAUCAAGCUCCAGAUUUUCACAUCAAUCAAUGGCCAGAGGAAGAUCAAGAUGCUCAAUUUGGCCGUCAAGCUCCUGAUAAUGAGGAUGGCAUGGCUGCAGAUCGUCCGGGCCGCUUCAGAGAAGGCCGAGAGCUUCCACAGGGACUGAAUCAGCACCAAAUUGAUUACCAGAACGAUUUGUUCAUGGAUUUUUAG